AACGUUAGCACAGCCGUAGCACAGCCAUGCGGUGGAAAUUACUUCUGCUGCUUUUCUGUGCGGUAUCGCUGAUCUCCCUAUCAACCAAUGCCGUCGCAGAGGAGAAUGAGCAACCUCAAGAUGACGCAACGGAUAACGUUGACGACUAUGAGGUAGAACCGGACGGUGAAGAUCAAACAGAACCAGAAGAAAGCGUUCCGAGCGAUGACAACCCGGAAAACACCGAUCAAAAACCAAACGAGGUCCUGGUGGACGUUGACACGGCCGGUGUGGACGAGAUCAAGGAUAAGAAGGGCAGAUACUACAACUACGAUGACUUCAUGUCUAGCCUUGAUCUGUCCGAUUCCAACUACAAUUGGGAAGAUCCAAUGAACCGCGUCCAGCCCAAAGAACCUCCAACACACAGCAUUGAUGGUGGAUACAACAUCAAUCCGACCCGCCUAGCGCAGAUUCGCCGCAACUUCCUGUACCCAUUCUACGAUCGGGGUGGCCCGGAAGAUACGGGAGACCUUCAGCGUGAUAUACACGCCUCCAUGCCGCAGGUCCACAAGAAUUUCAACUUCCAGCUUCCAUUCUUUGGCUUCCGGUUUAACUAUACGCGCGUGUCGAUGAACGGGUUUCUGGAGUUUUCCGACCCGCCGGAACACUACACCUACCCGCUAUCCUUCCCGAUCAAGGACUGGCCGCAGCGGAACGAUCCCUCGUUCAUCGGUAUCUUCUUCUCGAAGUGCCGCAUCGGGCGCAUCUACCAGACGGACUUUGAUCAGCGUUCGCCCGGCGUGUACUUCCGCAUGGAGCGCGAUUUGAUGACGCGUACCGAUCGGGCCGGUGUCGAGAUGCGCGAACGUGUCAUGUGGGACAUUCGCGAGGGUGUGGUCGGUUCGGAUACGUUCGUGCCGAAGCACGUCAUCAUUACAACGUGGAAGAAUAUGAGCUUUGCUGGUGGCAUUGACAAUUCGCUUUACCGGACGAACUCGUUCCAAAUGGUCCUGGCUACCGAUGAAGUGUACACGUACGCCAUUUUUAAUUAUGCCGAAAUUAACUGGUCCUCGCAUACGGAAGCCGGCGGUGAUACUACUGGUGGAGAGGGUGGUGUUCCAGCCUAUAUCGGUUUCAAUGCAGGCAACGGUACACAGGCUUACGAGUACAAACCCUACAGUCAGGCGUCCGUAUUGCGCGAUCUAACUGGACGUGGUUGGGCGAACGGAUUCCCCGGCCGACACAUCUUCCGUAUCGACGAGCGCAUCAUGCUCGGUACGUGCAACAAGGACAUUGACGCGUCACAUCUCCCGCUGGUGUUUGCGCCGGAGUCGGGCAACAUGCUUGGCGGUACGGUGGUCAACAUUACCGGCCCUUGCUUCAACCGGGAGGAUCGUAUUGCGUGUCGAUUUGAUACGGAGGAGGUGGUUGGUACGGUCGUGGACACAAACCGUGCCAUCUGCAUUCAACCGUUCCUGAAGGCACAAGGCUACAUCCGCUUCGAGAUCUCGAUCGGUACGGACCGGUUCAAGUGGCGUGGACGAUACUUCGUCGAGACGCCAGCCACUGCCACCGAUCGUAUCUUCUUCGAGACGGAUGAUGUGCAUCGACGCAAUCCGAACGAAAUCCGCAUCACCUGGAAUCGGUUCAAUCUGACGACGAACCUGAACGCGAACGUGCAGAUAUCGCUGUGGGGUUACCGUGAGGCAACCAUUCGGCCAGAAUUGGAGUUCAUCGACAUGAUUGAGACGCAGCUUACUAACACGGGUGCGUACACGAUCGUGCCCGCCAACUAUCGCAUGCGUGACAACACACGCACCGUUGAUAUGCAGUUCGGUUUUAUUCAGAUUAACCUCACCAACCCGGAGCAGUACAACAAUCUAAGAAUUUCACCUGUUUUGUGGUCAAAACCAAUUCCCCUCGGUUGGUACUUUGGUCCACAGUGGGAACGUAUACACGGUCGAAACUGGCCCCGAGCUCUCUGCGAGAACUGGCUGCGUACGGAUCGGUUUCUACGCAACUUUGCCCACGAACUACCGAUCUGUCCCUGUACACUGGAGCACGCACUGCAUGACAAGGGUCGCUUCCUGCCCGAUCCGGACUGUGAUCGAGAUUCGAACCCGACCUGUUUGCAGCACCGCGGUGCGAUACACUGCGUACGAUCCGGUCAACCGACGGUGCAGGGUUCGGAGCAGCAGUGUUGCUACGAUCGUAACAGCUACCUGAUGCUGUCGUACGAUCAGAUGUGGGGUUCGCGGCCACGCCGUAAUCACAACAUCGGUCAGAUACCGUGGAACGAAGCAAACAAGGUACCGACACUGUCGACCUGGUUCCACGAUGUACGUCCAUACUACUCCUGCUGCAUGUGGCAGGAUGAGCAGGCUGUUGGGUGUGAAACGUUCCGGUUUGAGCGCCGUCCGUCGCAGGACUGUAUCGCCUACCAAUCGCCUGGCGUUGCCGGUGUAUUCGGUGAUCCACAUAUCGUCACGUUCGAUGGACUCCAGUACACGUUCAAUGGAAUGGGUGAGUUUGUGCUGCUGCGAGGCAAUAAUGGACGGGAGCGUAUCGAUGUGCAGGGUCGGUUCGAGCAGGUAUCGCGCAACAUCCACGGUCCGGUAAUGGCUACGCAGCUCACAUCGAUUGCGGCACGCGGUAACACGUCCACCAUUAUUGAGGUGCGCUUGAGACCACGCGAAGCACAAUGGCGCUACCGGUUGGACGUAUUUGCCGACCAGCGACGUAUCUACUUCGAUCGGCAGAGCCUCAAGUUCCAGCACUUCCACGGUGUUACCGUAUAUACGCCUACCUACAUCCUGAACCAGUCGGAGGUAGUCAUCAUGUUCUCGUCCGGUGUCGGUGUGGAGGUGGUAGAGAACAAUGGCUUCAUGACGGCACGGGUCUACACGCCUUGGAGUUUUAUCAAUAAAACGCGCGGCCUGUUUGGCAAUUGGAGUUGGGAUAUGACCGACGACUUGACAACACCCGGAGGAGCAAUAAUUCAGCCUAAUCUUAACAACUUCCAGAAUGUGCACGAACAAUUUGGGGUACAAUGGAUGUUAUCGGAUCGUGAAGCGGAAAACAUAGGACAAGCAUUAUUCACACGAGAGUUCGGACGAACAUCGAGCUACUUUGCCAACUUAAGCUUUGUGCCAAACUUUGUACGGGAACCGAGCCAAUUCCUACCGCCGAACCGAACGCAGGAUAUACAGCGCGCAGAAGAGUUGUGUGGCGAGAGUUAUCAGUGUCGGUUCGAUUACGGUAUGUCCUUGAGUCGGGAGAUGGCACACUUUACCAAAAACUAUCAUGCCAGUGUGGUCAACAUACAGACGGUAAACGAAAAACGUGUCAUAUCGUGUGGUAUUUUGGAGACUCCUCGAUUCGGUCGCAAAUCCAACUUCCUGUUCACACCGGGUGCGCGUGUGUCUUUCGAGUGUAAUGAAGGCUUUUUCCUGAUCGGCGACUCGCGUCGCAUCUGCCUGGAGAACGGCCAGUGGGACAUACCGGAGUACGGAUACACGGAAUGUUUACGUGGUGUGUUCUAUUCGCGUCGUACGGCUUGGAUUGCGAUUGGCAUUGUCAUUGCUGUGAUCAUACCGCUGAUGCUGUGCAUCGUAUGCGGCGUGUACUGCUUGCGGAAGCGCAAACGCAAGGAAGACCCGGACUGGCGUUUGCCGCUUCCUUCCCGCUCCGGUUCGCGGGCCACACUGCGCAAGGGCGACGACAGCGAGUUUGACGACACCACGAUCAAGAAGACGCUGCGGUACGACGCCACCUACCGGACGAAUGAGCCGCUCGAGGGCAAACCCAACAUCCAGUUCGAGCCGAAAAAGAUGGACCUGGACGAAGAAGAUAUCACAUCCUCGGAAGGAGGUGAAUAUAGCGCUAAAGUUGCACGCGAUAUCGAGUAUAAAAACAUGGCUGAUCAAAAACAACUAGGUCGCCGCAGUCAACGCGGGCUCCAGCAGGCGGGCAUGUUCUCCGGGGAGGAGGAGGAAGAUGACGACCCGAAGGGAUACCCACCACCACCACCCCCGGUCACGAUGAGCCAGCAGCAGCAGCAGCGCCAGCUACAGCAGUCCGCAGCGGAGUCCCCUACCCAGACGUACGGUGCCUACAGCCCCACGUUCAGUGACAUCGAUCAGGUGAGCAGCUUCGCGACCGAGGACAACUCACCGCUGAAUCAACGCCGACCCCAGAACGGCAACCUGUCACCGAUGCCCAACACUAGCCGCAGCUACUACACUGGCGAGCAGAGCCAAACGCAACCGUUGGUGCAGAAUACAGGACUUCCCAAUCGGAUGGAUAGUCGCUCGACGGAAGUUUAA